UCAUUAUUUUUUGCUGCAAGAAUUGCUCGUUGACUUAACCAAGCAUAAUUCUUAUAAUUCUCACUAAUGUUUGGGAAAACAUUUUCAAUAAGAACUAAUUGAGUGUCUACAAAUCGGCAAAAGUCGUUGGUAAGAGUAAUUAAUCCAGAUGUCGCAUCAACUGGGACUUUUCCAUUUCCAAGAUCUAACAAUUGUUUGGAAAAUUGUGCAGCAUUUUGAUCAUUUUGAAGUUGAACUCUCAUAUUAGUGGUUAGCGAUAAUGUUUUUACGUUAUUCCAUAAAGGUGAUGCCUUUAGGCAAGCAUUCAAUUCAUCUGCAGGCGUUCCACGGGGAACUACUGGCAACGUCUGCCUGAAAUCGCCUGCCAACAAUAUCAUCAAGCCGCCAAAGAUGUUGUUAUUUCUCCGAAGAUCCUUCAGUGUGAAGUUAAGUGCUUCAAGUGAUUUCUUAUGUGCUAUUGUGCACUCAUCCCAAACAAUGAGCUUGCAUUGCAUUAACAAUUUUCCCAUUGCACUGGAUCGGGAAAUAUUGCACGUUGGAGUAUCAAUUGUGUUUAAAUUGAGUGGCAACUUAAGCGCAGAAUGUGCAGUACGACCGCCAUCUAGAAGAGUCGCCGCAAUUCCAGAUGAUGCUAACGCCAAAGCUAUGUCACAUCUUGAUCGAAUAGUGGCCAAAAUAAAUGAAAUGACAAAUGUUUUCCCUGUUCCUCCAGGUGCAUCCAGGAAGAAUAGACCACCAGUAUUAUUGUCCACCGCUUGCAUUAAUGUUUUGUAUACUUGUUUUUGCUGUUCAUUCAGCAACGGAACAUUAUUUCUAACGAAUUCCUGCAAUGUAUCAACAUUGUAUUGCAGCUCUCGAUUUAAUUCUUGGUUGAAUGCAUCGUGCAUCGAUCGAUUUGGCGCAAUCAUUCCUACUUCAAUCAUUCCUUGAAUAGACUUGUUGCUGGCUUGCAUGUCUUGUGCGGCGGCCGAUGUUCGCACGUCGUUCUCUAGGCAUUUUGGACUAUGGACAGAGUGUUGAAUUUAACUUCAAAUGCACGAUCCACAUAAUUUACACUGAGCUUAAAUGAAAUUAACUGAGCAGAGAAUAAUGACUAUCUGUCACACACUUUAUCACGCACCGUUGCUAUUGGUUUGAAGUACA